AUGUCCCGUCUUUACCAUAUCUACAACCUGUUAAUCCUAAUUACUAUUCUGUGUCUAUCACCCACAUGGGCCGAAUCAACGGACACCACAGACCUCUGCAUGCCACAACAAUCACCCUGGAACCCAAAUGGAGAGCUCAUAGCUCGCCAACCAUUGCAAGCACAAACACAAGAACCCACAGAGGAAACCACAAUAGUCCGCCAACGAUCAAUCGUCACGGCAUCAGACAACACCUCAUCAGGAAUGCCUCAACCCUUCGACACACUCUCCUACAACUUCGCCAACGCCACUAGCUGUGUCGACUUCUUCGAAACAUGGCGCGCCAACACAACAAUAUCAGACUGCAACGCCAUCUCCCUGCUCGUGGAGAACUCAAAUGCCUUCUUCCACUCCCUCAAUUCCGCCGCCGCCACAUCUCGCAUCCUGGACACAUCCUGCUCGGCAAAUGUCACCAAGUGCGCAUCCAUCAUGACCAAUCUCGCAAUCGAUCUUCUGAAACCCGACAACUGUGGCGACGACUAUAAAAACGGGAACUCGGUCGUCAAAGGCACGUAUCGCGAUCUCGUCGCUUACGAACCAAUGUACCGUGCAACCUGUCUCACGAGCCCGUCGACUGAGAACUACUGCUUCGUCGACGCGGUGUCGAAUUCAACUGCGCCAGAUGACUACGUUGUCUACUUCAUGCCGCUUGGUACGCCACUGACUGCCGGUGAUACGCCGAGUUGUAAUAAGUGCUUGAAGGCGACUAUGGAUUUGUUUUCUGGGUGGGCGAGACGAGAUGGUCAGAGUCUUGAUGAUACUUAUCUCCCCUCGGCGGAGAUUGUUAAUACGCACUGUGGUGAGGGAUUCGCGGCUACCAAUAUUACUGUUGGAUCGUCGGAUGUCACGGCUGGGGCCGGGAUUGCUGUCCCCUUGCCAAGGCUUGGAAUUGUCACUGUCAUGGCUUUGGCUCUUGGCACCAUGGCAGGCCUGUUUUGA